AUGUCAUCCAUUUACGAUUACGCCACCCUUGUUGGAUUUGAUUAUGCCAAUGUUCCUGGCGUCAUGAAGAUAUUCCCCGAAAAUACCAAUAUGGGUGUUGAGGCUUUAUACUUUGCUACAUCUUGCUGGCCUUUCGAAGAGCGUUCAUUCUCAAAAGAAAAGCUUCCAAUGAUAUACUCUUUUAAUGGAAAAACAACAUACUUUCAUUCUUUGAUAUUUUUAUAUAAUCAUCAAGUUUAUGCGAUAAUUAUGGCCACUCGCCGGCCAUUCGCUUCAUUAUUAACAACGUUCUUGAAGCAAAUCAAAGAACAAUUUAUGCUAUCAUCGAUUCCAGAACCAAAUAAUGCUUUUACAUACGUUACUUCGAUUAUUUCUAGCUGGCCAAGAGGAGCAGUUGAAUCAGCUGUACUUACGUUCCCAACAAGCUCUUUGGCAAUUAAUUUCGACUAUUCGCAGUUUUCUUAUACACAAUAUAAUCCAAAACGAUAUUUCUUAGUCGAAGAAGCCAUGCGCAUGUGGAAAGCAUUGAUUAUCGGAGACCCCAUCCUAAUUAUAUGCCCUACUGCUGAUAUAGCAUCCAAAGCUUGCUUUGCUGCUUUUUCAUUAAUAUCUCCUCUUUUAUUUGACGAUGCAUCCAUUCUUUGGCUUCAUGAAAGUGAUUCCCGAUACAAUGAGAUCCUAUCAGGGACAACCCAAUAUAAAGUUGUCGCUUCUCCAUCAGAAAAACUUGCAAAAUACUGUCAUCAAUUCAAAGUUGUCGUUCAUGUUCCAGAAAUUAAGAAACAAAGUACAGACAUUAAUAUACAUGAAAAAACAAACAAGAUUACUACAAAAGUUCUCAAAAUGAUUCUAGGAGAACUAGAAAUGCUUCUUUCAAUCGAUCCUUAUAGUGAUUUCGUUGAAAGAAAGUUUGCUACAGACCAUUUCAACAUGAUGAUCAAGGAAUUUGGCAAAGGAGACGGAAUGACGAUCGAAGAUUACGCCAAAUUUGAAAAUUCAGAGACAUUUAAGCACUGGAGAAGAGCUCAGGCUCUCAGAUCUAAUCUCCGCGAUGCACUUCUUUCAUACGUUCCUUCUGAUAAUUUUACAAAAAGAUCUCAGAAAGAACUGCUGCAAAUCAUGGAAGGAAUCGAAUCAAUUAAAGUUAAGUACUGGAAUGAUGCUCACGUUAUGGCAGUACUUAAGAAGCAUCAGUCUCGUGUUGAAAAAUUGAUCAAAUCCAACAAAACUGAAACAAAAUAA